UAAAUGCAAUGAGUGAAUUAACAAUGAUUUCAACUCAUUCGUAUGUGUUACCUUCAUGAACAUAACUGUUGCCUUUAAUGGCAUUGAAAACCGCUGUUACUUUAGUGACCGGGAUUUUUGCCUUUAUGGUCAGGUGUUACCUUCGUGACUGGAAUGACUGCAAAACGAGGAAAACUGUUCCACAUGGCCGUGUUCAUCAAAGCAGCCAUUGUAGCCGUGAUUUACUAACAACUUGUCCCUAUGUAUGUUUUGAUGGCUAUGAAAAGCCACUUUUCAUCAAUGAAGUGUUCUGUAGUAGACUAUCUGGACGUUGGGAGACCUGGACUGGUGAACAGCCGUGUACUGCAACUAAACAUACAACAAAGAUACACUUUCACGCUGAGUUCCCAACUAUGCCUGGCGCAAUACCACCGUCUACAAGACGUCGGAUAAAACCUACAACGUUCAAGCCUGAUUUACUGUUUAACUUCAAUGUUCAGAACGUGUAUCCUCGCGUGACAACAAGCGAUCCGACGCCACGUGACCCUGGGGCUGAUACGUUGGGAUCUGCAGCAAUAUUUGGAAUAAUAAUGGCAGUUAUAAUAGGGUCUGCGUUUUUACUGGUUUGUUGUUGGACAUGUCUCAUUAAAUGUGUAACUGCGAGGAGACAAGCUAAAACUCGCACAAGAGCAAUAAGGAACCUUGUUAUACUUCAUAAUGCCUAUUCCCCUCCGUCCCAAAGACAUUCGCAAACGAUCGGACAAACAACGCCACAGAGUACAGAGCUAGGCGCAAGUUCGACCUCUUCAAGUAAUACAAUUAACAAUCCGGUCAGGGGCAACACGCCCACAACCGGAAAUGGUAAUUCAAAUGGAGAUCAGCCUUUAGGUCGGGAAAAUAGCAAUGAAGAAGGCGGGUUGAUAUUUUUGUAUAUCCGGCGGUUCAUUCCAAUAUUCCGACACCCUGUACCGUCUGCUCCACCAGAACCCCCACCUUACGACGCAGAAGGCGCUGCUCCGCCGGCAUAUGAAGAGGAAGGAACACCGAAUAUAUCUACACAACAGACACAAAGUGAACCCCCACCACCUUACUCCGUAUUUUAAUCACAUACAUGCAUGUCAUAAUUAAAUAUAUGAAAAACGUUGAUGGCAAUGUGAAGAUUAGUUCUGCAAAGCAUCUGGACAAGAAGAUAUUUUUCUUUUCAAAUUUCUUUUUUCUAUUCCAUCAGAGACUUGUCUACACACGAUGAAUUAGUUCUUUGUCGGAAUGUUGUAAUCACUAUCUUACUGAAUGAUAACUGGCGACCCGACAACAGCAUAGGCAUAUUAUGAUUAUUAAAAGACAUAAGCACAAUUACGAUAUGUUUUUUUUUGCACGGUUAGAUCAAUGAUACACUUUUUCGAAAAUAAGAGAUAACUUUUUGUAGCUAGCUUUUAUUGACUUUAUUACGGCAUUUGACUAUGUGGUACAUGGUGUAAUAUGGUAUAGAAUAAGAGACACUUGAACAGUAAUCUAAAGUUGGUAAGCAAAAUUUGGUGAUGCUGGAAUCGACUACACGGUAGAGUAUUGUCUCGAUGGCAGUCACCAACUUUUGUCGGCUAAAAAAGGGAUUGUUGUAUAAUAUAAAAGAAAAAUUUUAUUUGCAUGAACCAAUUUCCGAUAGUAUUUAAUAUACUACAUUGUAGUUGUAUGAUAUCAUCUGCAUUUGAGCAUGGUGAAGAUUUCUAGUAACUAGAUAAGAAUGAGCGUCUGCACUAGAGCUAGUUAUUAUUGUAUGAAUGACAAUUGUGAAAUAUUUAUUUUGACUUUCAAGUAUACGUAUGCAAAAGA